AUGUACCGUACAUCUCCAGUCCACGCUGGCUUCACCAUAUUCACAGCUCCUGAGCACGUCCCUGAAGGAAUGCGUACCUCCAUCUCAGACCUCUCAGCCGACAUUGUUGCAGCAGAACAAGCCGGCCAUAUCGACUCUUAUGUAUUGGCAGCAAAAUACUGCCACAAGUUCGUCAACAUUCAUCCUUUUGUGGAUGGCAACGGCCGUACCUGUCGUCUAAUUCUCAAUGUCCUGGUGUUCAAAUACACAGGCAUGCUUUGCGUGCUCGGAGAGAAUGAGCAAGCAGUACAGAACUAUCUAUCAGUCGCAGUCAGAGGCAGUGAAUCAGAUCAAGCUUGGAAAGAUGCAGAUGAAGUGGAAACUGCGUUCAUGAAAUCACCAUGGGGCGAGCUUGCAUUCUUUAUUCUGCGUCAAGUUACGAAAGGGCUAGAUAUCGAAUGGACAGUUUCAUAA